AUGGGGCGCGGAGGCUCCGACAGUUACCGCGUGGCCACUGCACAGGACAAGGGGGACAAGGACUCACCCAAGAAGGGCAAGAGCAAAACACGUGACCUCGAUGACCUCAAGAAGGAGGUGGCCAUGACCGAGCACAAGAUGUCCAUCGAGGAGGUCUGCAGGAAGUACAACACGGACUGCGUGCAGGGUCUGACCCACAGCAAGGCUCAGGAGAUCCUGGCUCGGGACGGCCCCAACGCCCUGACCCCUCCCCCCAUGACCCCUGAGUGGGUCAAGUUCUGUCGCCAGCUCUUUGGGGGCUUCUCCAUCCUGCUGUGGAUUGGAGCCAUCCUCUGCUUCCUGGCCUAUGGCAUCCAGGCUGGCACCGAGGACGAGCCCUCCAAUGAUAAUUUAUACCUGGGCAUUGUGCUGGCUGCUGUUGUCAUCAUCACCGGCUGCUUCUCCUACUACCAAGAGGCCAAAAGCUCCAAGAUUAUGGAAUCCUUCAAGAACAUGGUGCCCCAGCAAGCCCUGGUGAUCCGCGAAGGGGAGAAGAUGCAGCUCAAUGCAGAGGAGGUUGUGGUUGGGGACCUGGUGGAGGUGAAGGGGGGUGACCGUGUCCCUGCUGACCUGCGCAUCAUCUCAGCCCAUGGCUGCAAGGUUGACAACUCCUCCCUGACGGGUGAAUCUGAGCCCCAGACCAGAUCCCCCGACUGUACCCACGACAACCCAUUGGAGACAAGGAACAUCACCUUCUUCUCCACCAACUGCGUCGAGGGCACCGCUCGCGGUGUGGUGAUCGCCACGGGUGACCGCACCGUCAUGGGCCGCAUCGCCACGCUGGCCUCGGGGCUGGAGGUUGGCAAGACCCCGAUCGCGGUGGAGAUCGAGCACUUCAUCCAGCUCAUCACCGGCGUCGCCGUCUUCCUCGGCAUCUCCUUCUUCAUCCUCUCCCUCAUCCUGGGAUACACCUGGCUCGAGGCCGUCAUCUUCCUCAUCGGCAUCAUCGUGGCCAAUGUGCCCGAGGGGCUGCUGGCCACUGUCACCGUGUGCCUGACGCUGACGGCCAAGCGCAUGGCGCGUAAGAACUGCCUGGUGAAGAACCUGGAGGCUGUGGAGACCUUGGGCUCCACCUCCACCAUCUGCUCCGACAAGACUGGGACCCUGACCCAGAACAGGAUGACUGUGGCUCAUAUGUGGUUCGAUAACCAGAUCCAUGAGGCUGAUACCACUGAGGACCAGUCUGGCACCGCCUUUGACAAGAGCUCAGCCACGUGGGUGGCUCUGUCCCACAUCGCAGGGCUCUGCAACCGAGCAGUGUUCAAGGGGGGGCAGGAGAACGUCCCCAUCCUCAAGCGGGAUGUGGCCGGAGACGCUUCGGAGUCAGCUCUGCUCAAGUGCAUUGAGCUCUCGUCCGGCUCCGUCAAACUCAUGCGCGAGAGGAACAAGAAAGUGGCUGAGAUCCCAUUUAACUCCACCAACAAGUACCAGCUGUCCAUCCACGAGACCGAGGACCCCAACGACAACCGGUACCUGCUGGUGAUGAAGGGGGCGCCCGAGCGCAUCCUGGACCGGUGCUCAACCAUCCUGCUCCAGGGCAAGGAGCAGCCUCUGGAUGAGGAGAUGAAGGAGGCGUUCCAGAACGCGUACCUGGAGCUGGGGGGACUGGGGGAGAGGGUCCUGGGUUUCUGCCACUUCUACCUGCCCGAGGAUCAAUACCCAAAGGGUUUUGCCUUCGACUGUGACGACGUCAACUUCGCCACCGACAACCUGUGUUUUGUGGGGCUCAUGUCCAUGAUCGACCCCCCCCGGGCGGCUGUGCCCGAUGCUGUGGGCAAGUGUCGGAGCGCUGGCAUCAAGGUGAUCAUGGUGACCGGUGACCAUCCCAUCACGGCCAAGGCCAUAGCCAAAGGGGUCGGGAUCAUCUCCGAGGGCAACGAGACCGUGGAGGACAUUGCAGCAAGGCUCAACAUCCCUGUCAGCCAGGUCAACCCCCGGGAUGCCAAGGCCUGUGUGAUCCAUGGCACAGACCUGAAGGACAUGAGCUCAGAGCAGAUCGAUGAGAUCCUACAGAACCACACGGAGAUUGUGUUUGCUCGAACGUCCCCACAGCAGAAACUGAUCAUUGUGGAGGGAUGUCAGAGACAGGGCGCCAUUGUAGCAGUGACCGGUGAUGGGGUCAAUGACUCCCCGGCCCUAAAGAAGGCUGACAUUGGGGUCGCCAUGGGCAUCGCUGGCUCCGACGUCUCCAAGCAGGCGGCCGACAUGAUCCUAUUGGAUGACAACUUCGCCUCCAUCGUCACCGGCGUUGAGGAAGGCCGCCUGAUCUUCGACAACCUCAAGAAGUCCAUUGCCUACACCCUGACCAGCAACAUCCCAGAGAUCACCCCCUUCCUGCUCUUCAUCAUGGCCAACAUCCCCCUGCCCCUGGGCACCAUCACCAUCCUCUGCAUCGACCUGGGCACCGACAUGGUCCCUGCUAUCUCCUUGGCCUAUGAGGCAGCUGAGAGUGACAUCAUGAAGAGGCAGCCCCGGAACCCCCGAUCCGAUAAACUGGUGAACGAGAGGCUCAUCAGCAUGGCCUAUGGGCAGAUCGGGAUGAUCCAGGCUCUCGGUGGUUUCUUUGCCUACUUCGUGAUCCUGGCUGAGAACGGAUUCCUUCCAUCCCGCUUGGUUGGGAUCCGACUGCGUUGGGAUGACCGCACUGUCAAUGACCUGGAGGACUCCUAUGGGCAGCAGUGGACCUAUGAGCAGCGCAAGGUGGUGGAGUUCACGUGUCACACUGCGUUCUUCGUCAGCAUCGUGGUGGUGCAAUGGGCAGAUCUCAUCAUCUGCAAGACCCGACGCAACUCCGUGUUCCAGCAGGGCAUGAAGAAUAAGAUCCUGAUUUUCGGGCUCUUUGAGGAAACGGCUUUGGCUGCAUUCCUGUCCUAUUGCCCUGGCAUGGAUGUGGCUCUGCGCAUGUACCCCCUCAAGCCGAGCUGGUGGUUCUGCGCCUUCCCCUACAGCUUCCUCAUCUUCGUCUAUGAUGAGAUCCGCAAACUCAUCCUGCGCCGCAAUCCCGGAGGUUGGGUCGAGAAAGAAACCUACUACUGAGCCCCCCAAACCGGAACCCCAAAACCACCCCAAA